AUGCGUGACUUCGAAGGCAUCCUCCAGCUCUUCCCCGGGCGAGCUCGUGGCGCGUUCGAAAUUGAAGGCAAAUGGUACAUGCUCGCCUGGUCGUACGACCCCUCGCCACCAUCCAUCUCUGACGCGAUAAUCAAAGUGACCCUCAAAUGCCACGGCACGCACGAAUUGAAGGGCACACCCCAAAUGGACGGGUCCAUCAUCAUGGAUGGAUCAGUUGGGCCCCAGAAGCUGCGCAUGUGGGGGACGCCGGAGAUUUUAUUGAAGGAGACUUGCCUCAUCCACUGCCGGAGAAGAUGUCGGUGGUUUGUUUAUGUACAAGAGAAGAUUGCUAGCUAG